AUUUUCUUUUGUUAACCCGCUUCUCACAAUAUUUUAUUUAUUUUGAAUUUUUGAAUACACUAUCCAUAUCAUCCAAUACUUAACAUAGAAGUUCGCAAGCUUUCCGUAUAAAGGCGCCACUACUGCUCAAUUGAUUAACGGUAACGAUUCUUUGGAUUUCUUUUUUCAUGUCUGUCUGUCCUCUUUCUUGUGGGGAAAAACAGACUUGUUUGCCGUGUAGAAAUUUUGCACCACCCGAUAAAUAAGAAGAAAAAUGUCUGAAAAUUCCAUUUUGCCGAAUAACGAUUGGGAAAACCAAAAUGACGAUGACCAGAUGCAAAAUUGCGAUUCGAUUCAUGAUGAUAUAAUCAGUAUUCCAGGAUCGAGCCAUCAACAGUAUAUUGAAGGUGAUUUCGAUUUGGAUGCGGUGAUUGAAUCAGAAAUUAUAAGCUUGGAUAGUUCUGCUGCUAAACUUUUUGGUAAAGAUGUCAAAUACAAGGUUUUAGCUCAAAAUACGGGACAGUCAGAUGACAAUGUCGUCGUUAUUUCACCGUCUCCUGCUGAAGGACCCUCGACAACUCCACGACUUAUCGAUAAAGAUGAUCCAAGAUCGCGACUUCACUUUGUAAAAUAUCUAAAACGCGAAGGAAAGACCGUUAAAAUUUGGGAAUGUGGAAUAUGCACAAAAGAAUUUAGACAUCAGUAUACAUUGAUGCGACAUUUACCAACACAUACCGACGAGAGAAACUUCAAAUGCGAAGCUUGUGGCAAGGCCUUCCGACAGCUCUCGACUUUGAGUCAGCACAAGGCCAUUCACAGUGACGCGAGGCCGUAUGUCUGCGAGUUUUGCAAGAAGACCUUCAACAGGGUCUCCACUCUUAUCUCUCAUCGGAAAACACAUUCUGAACACAAACCACACAAGUGUCACAUUUGUGGAAAGGGAUUUCAUCAGAAAGGAAACCUGAGGAACCAUGUCUUUACUCACACGAACGAGAGACCCUAUAAGUGCGAGAUUUGUGCCAAAGGAUUUAAUCAAAUGUCAAAUUUGGUGUGCCAUAAAGUCAAGGCUCAUGCCCACGUGGAAAAAAUGCAAUAUUCCUGUGAAAUAUGUGAAAAAGAAUUUCCCCGACGUUCUUCACUUCGUGCUCAUCAGGAAGAAAAGCAUGGGAUCAAAUAUCGUGGUUCAAAUACAGGUGAAUCGAAAAACAACACAGAUACUGUCAAACGUAAAAGUGAGAGAAUUGCAAAUAUGUUAGAAAAUGAUCAAAAUCUUAUCAAUGGUGUUAAGGAAAAAGAUACUAUGAAUUCGUCUUCCUUCGUUGAUAACAUUAUGGUGGACAAAAUAGAUUCAAAAGCAAUGGAAACUGCUGUUCUCGAGGGACAAACGCCCUUUGCACUCUUCAAACCUGCGAAAGGAAUUCCCGUUCUCGUUCGUAUUUCACCCGGCCAGAAUUCAAAACAUAUAUUGUCUCAUGCAACGGCUGAAGAUCUUAGAAUGAGUGGAAAUGUAGUUGUAAAUCAUGAAGAUGUAAAAUCUCUUCAAGUAAAAGUCCCAGUUGUCGCUACAAUUACGCAAAAAAUUGAAGUAAAUGGAAAAUUCAGUUAUUUAGUGGAAUCUUCAAAUUCAGAUGAGGAGAAUGAUAACUACGGAUACAUUAGAGUCCUAAAAACACCUUUUACCAAUUCCACGACAUUAUUCCCGUCCAUUUGUCCUUUCUUAUCCUCUUCAGAGAAUCUCAUCACUCCUCUCGACUCAAACUUUUACCCGGAAAAACGCAGCGAUCAUUCGGAUCAAUCAUCACCAGAAGAUUGCAAUGAACUUCUCGAAUUGGCAGCCCAGGGUGGAAUUCAAUUUGUUCGUGCCACUGAAGAUGGUCGUUAUGAAGUAAUGUCCAAUAGUGAGGCACGUGAGCUCAUGGCACAAAAUUCACACGACGUAACAAUUCUCGAUGGCGAAGAAGCGGAAGCAAUUAAUAUUGUCAAUUUACGUAAUAACGAAACGGAUGUCAAGGACAAUGAUCAUGUCAAUGAUGACGAUGACGAUGAUGAUGAUGAUGAUAAUGAUGAUGAUGAUGAUGAAAAUGAGAAUGAUCAACAUGAUGCAAUGGACAUUGAAUCAAUGAAACCAGAGAAGGAAGAAUUGUCAAAUAAUAUUGAACUAUUAAAUGACAAGGAAAUUCGUAUUCUUGAAAAUAGAGAAUUAGAUGAUCGAUAUGAGGAUGAAAUUUCUUUUCUUCCUUCAACAAAAAUUGAUGAUUUAAUUCUUGACACUAAAUUUGAUGAUGAAAAUCUUGCUGACGAUUGUGAUGAUCAUGGCAUAGGAAUUGGAUCUGGUCGUCAAGAUUUUUCGAAUCUUUUACAUCAUCGCCAGGAGAUUCCUACAAUUACAACAUCCUCUCAUUUAUCCAUUUCUUCCAUGUUGAAUAAGACCUAUCAUCCAUCAAUUUCCAAUGAUAAUUCGCAAUUUUUAAAAAAUUCCAACAAUUGUGAUGAAUUUGAUAUUAUUAAUAUGUCACCAACUGAGAAUCAUCAUCCAAUUCAAGAUUAUUCAAAAUUACAAGUACCCGGCUAUGAUGAUUAUGAAUCAGUUGCUAAUUUAUCAACAAUUCAACCGGAUUUCAAUUUUCUUGGAUCAAGAUAUUCGAAUAUGAAUCAUAAUUCACGAUCAAACAAUCAAAUGUUUUACAAUUCUCUUGGUGAUGUUAAAAUUCAUGGUUCAAAGAAUCCAACGCCUGAAAUGAUUAUGCAAUAUCAAGAUAUUAAAUUGUUUAAUAAUUUUGGAAUUUAUCUUGAUUCACAUGAUGAUAAAAUGGAUAUUAAGACAUUAGGAAAGAAAAUGGAUUCAGGAAUUUUUGCCAAUUUGGAUAAUGGACUAAGGAAAUCUAUAUCCGAGGUACAGGCGCCUUCUCGUUUUGGCUGACCAAAGACCUUUCUUGCCUGGAGAACUCCAGAACUAUGUUUUUACUCCUGACGAAGCUUUCUGUAACGUCGCUUUUGACUUGGGAUCAAGCGUAAAUCCGAUUUCAGGUUGGUUACAAAAAAGAAUCCAAUUUCAACUCGCAUUAUAUAUAUAUAUAGAUAUAUAUAUAUACUUUUCUAACACACUGAAUUCAUUAUUAAUUCAAAAUAAGUACAUUUAGAUUUUUUUUUCUCUUUUUGCAAUAAUGGAGAUUUUUUUAUCUCAAUAAAAUUUAUAAAGUUUUUUUUUUUACAUUUUUAACUUUUAUUUAAUUUAGUUUUACACUAUUCAAUGCAAUUAAAAAAAAAAGAAUGGGUUAAAUCAAAUUAAAUUUAAUAGAUUUUUAAAAAUUCACGUUCCUAUUGUAUGGAGUUAAUUUUAAAUUAAUUGACAUUUAGGCCAUAUUAUUGUUAAACUAUAUUUAUAACAAUUCCACUAAAUGUUAUAUCAAUUCAAAUAAUAUACCAAAACACAUACAAAUAUGUUUAUUAAAACAACU